UAGCUUGUGUUGUUGUUAGCCAGUUUUUUGAUCGUUCAUUUUAGUCGUUGGACGGAUUAAUUAAGCAAAGCAGACUACCUGGUUUAUUAUUUUUCUGUUUUCGUUUGGAAGAAAAAUACUCAAGUGUUGUUCUAUUAAUGAUUUUUUUUACCUUUCCGAUGUCUUAAAGUACACUUUUCAUAACAAUUAUGUCUGAUGGUUAUUACCAGAGUGCUGCCCCGAGAACCGCACGAAAGAAAGAUUACUUCUGUCCUGUGUGGUCUUAUCAUAUUGGUGUGCAGGGAGAAAUUUUUUUCGUAGAAGCAGCUGAAAAACAUGGACACUACAGUGAAAAUAUACAACCAGCCUCCAACUCUUCUAUCAAUGUCAGUAAGUCUAAGCUUCCUCACAGCCAAGAUAACAACUCUGACAGUCAAAGCCAAAACCUGUCCAGUUACUCAGAAAGUAUCAACACUUCAAAGUUUGAAACUGAAAAAAGUAAAAACGAAAGUGAAGUCUUCUUGCUGCCGGUACCUUGUGAGAAGAACUCUAGUGAACUCACUGAUGUUGAAUAUUUCGAAAAGCUCUUCGGAAUUGUACUCUGCAGCUAUAAUGUCAAGUCAGCUCUUGUGGAGAAUACUGAUGGUGAUGAAAAGUAUAGAGACAAGAAAAAGUUGAUAGUACAGAAAGUAAUAAUUGGAAGCCAGGCUCAGAGGUCACAUAAGAUACAUAAAGGUGAUAUGUUGCUAGCAAUUGAUGACAGAGAAGUCUCUUGGAGUAAAUUAGGAGCAACCUUGAAGAGUCUCAAGAAACAAGUUCCAAUUAAACUCACUUUCCAAAAUCCUGUUGUUGUUGGAUCUACAAAUAACAACUCUGUUGGUGGAAUGCGCUUACCAUUUUGUGAAAAUGUCAUGCUGGCUGCUAGUGGUGAAGAUUUCUCAUCAUUGGUAGAGCUGCUUGACAUGUACAAAUGCAAACUCUUAUGUCUUUCACUGGACAUUGUUCAAAGUGAUUUAGAUUUUGGUCAGGAGAUCAUAUAUGAGUUUCCAUUCCAUAAUGAUAAAGUCAGUCAUGUGAGAGGAAUGUUCAUCACCCUGAAUAAAGUACUGGAAGAAAUUGUUCAAAGCCAAACACAGUGUUCAAAUCUGGUGUACCAUCAUCAGCUGAUCAACGUAUCAUAUUACAAAGACGACAACAGUACCCUUUUGUUAGUGCUGCCAACAGAUUUAUUUCCAGAAUACGUUACAAGUUUUGUAUUGAAGAAUUUGGUCCACGUAUUAGCUUUGCUUUUUGGAAAUCCAAUCAGACCUUUCAAAGACCCUCAACUUCAUGUACAGUUAAACCAGAUUCUAGCACUUCUCUUCUAUGGUUUGGCACCGAUUCUUCAUGGAAAAUCAACUAUUACUAUGACUUCAAUUACAAAUGGUUGCUUUGAAGCUCGUUGGCUGUUCUUAGAAGAAGAAAUAAAGUUGAUGUUUGAUGAAAUACUUAGUAGCUUCGAAUCUGGAGAUUUUGUUUCUCAACAAGAUCUAAUCUCUUCCAGACGACAGUUUUGUAUAACUGGAUCUUGUUUAAUAUUCAAGGGCCAUGUAAUAUGCAGUCACUUGGAAACAUCGGAUUUGCUUGACGCUUGGCUCCUAUGCCAAAGCCUUGGAUUGGUGUCUUUCAGCCAGGAACAUAAUUUCAGCGAAUUAAUUGUUUGGCAUGAAGUUUUCUUAUCGCGUCUUCAAAACGCUAAUGAAAUGCUGUUGCCUGCAGGAUACAAUCGGAAACCAGAGAAAUGUUUUAUUUUCAUUGUUGGGCAGAAACAAUCUCUAAUAUGCUGCAUAUUUGAAAGUAAAAAUAGUCAAGAAAAAGCUGCCCCUUUAUUGCCCGACCUGCCUCUGGUAAACCAAGCUAAAACAGCCCUUCAGCAGAUGGAAAAUGUAAAUUUAUUUAAAUCCUGUGAUUCCAGGUUGCGUUCUACCAAAGAUUCUCUUCUUGGUGAUCCUGAUGUAUUCCUUGUGUAUUUGGAAAGUUCUAAGGUAGCAAAGAUGGAAAAUACUGGACAUUUUGUGCUACAAAGUUCUCAUACUAGUUUGGGUGGUUCUGAAGACCAUGUUCGCAAUGAUGGAAAAUAUCCAGAAAUGUCUACUCCUCUAGGAAGUCAGAUGUCAGUCAAUUCCAACGAUUCUUUAGCAAGUGGCACUAACGACAAGGGAAGAUUUAUCUCUUUUAAUGGAAUAUUUGAUAUGUCUUUCUUGAACCAGUCUUUGGGAAGUGGUUCAAAGGCUCAAGUAACUCAAGGAAUUGAUAUUAGGAAAGUUAAAGAAGUAAACAAUGUCCUGUUCCACUAUAUGUGCAUUGACAAACUGCAAGGUAUAUAUGUGGAUUCAGACAGACAAUAUAACCGAAGUACGCUCAGCAAACAGAUUCUGGACAACUUCAACCGCUGCUCUCUGCAAAUACAUGCUAUUUUUGAGAAGUCGAAAAAGAAAGCGAACGCGAAGAGGAAGAAUCCGUCACGAAGCGUUGGAAAAUUAAUGAAGAAUUACAUCCGUGAACAUGGAGUCCUUUUCAACUGUAUUGUACAAAGCUCAAGCAACAGUAAGAUGCAUGCUGUUCUCUCCUAUUGGGUUGUUGGACGUUUGUUUACGGAGCCAGUCGAGAAAGAAAUAUAUGUAUGUUAUCAUGAUUCAGUGGAGCCGAAUUUAGUUGAACUUGCUUACCAAAUGAGCUUCAGCGUUGUCGCUUGAAGGAAGUAUAUAAGAUAAUGGUAUGGAAAUAUUGAAUACAGUGAUUUUUAAGACACAGAAACGUUUUUGAGUAACGUUCACUUUGUUUUCAAGCAAGCUGUCGUGAAUGCAUCAUGUGGACUUGAGUUAAAAUUGAAUGCCGAGGAUUUGAUAUUUUUCUGAACAUAUCACAUAAUUUAGAUCAACAUUGGUUCGCCAGACUGAGGCUGUUGUGAAAAUGUAAUGUACUGGAAUUUUCUGAGUAAAAGUUAAGUGCGAUAAAGCAGGGCUCCAUAUGCACAGAGGGACCUACUUAUCUGUUAUCAUCUUAAUACAGAACAAAAUAACUGGUUGUGGCUGUUUCGAAGCUGGAGAUUUGGCAACGUUGACUGGACAUUCAAUCUGUUUUUAUUACAAUACGCUUUGGAACUUGAGGGAAACACACACACACAUGCAUAUGUUCGUGCACGCAGAAAUAUCCAUAUACAUAUAUAAAAAGGGACAUACAUUUCGCAUACAGAGAACCCUUUGACGUUUACACAUAUAUAAACAGAAGAAGAAGAAGAAGAAGGGGAGAGAGAGAGAGAGAGAGAGAGAGAGAGAGAGAGUAUUAAAACAUCUGAAGUGAAAUAAACUGCAUUAAAUCAGCAACAUUAAAUAAGCGACGCUAAAGCAGUUGUGUCAAUCGUCUCAUACCAACUGCAAUAAAAGUUGUGUGAAAAUCCGAUGAACAUCGCCAUUAAGUAAAUGAUCAUAAAAAGUAUCAGAAAUAAAUGACGGACCGGGACCUUAAUAUACUUACCUGAAUUGCUCUAAAUAUAUCCAAACUGUAUCAGAUUACAGGAUUUUCUUCAUUCUCAUACACAUGAAUGCACACAGAUAAAACAUUGAGCCAUGCAGG